AUGCCCAUUACUCAUGCCCAUCACUCAUGCCCAUCACUCAUGCCCAUCACUCAUGCCCAUCACUCAUGCCCAUCACUCAUGCCCAUCACUCAUGCCCAUCACUCAUGCCCAUCACUCAUGCCCAUCACUCAUGCCCAUCACUCAUGCCCAUCACUCAUGCCCCAUCACACUCAUCACCCUUCACCCAUGCACCCUUCCCCACCCUUCCCCACCGCGUGUUACCCGUACCACAUCCCAUCUCAACCUCUCGUCACCUUCCCCACCUUACCUUGGCCAGUGAGCGUUCUUCAGCAGCCAGGCAGCCUGUGCGCCCCAUUGUCGUCCAGAGGGGAUGCCCACGGCACGCCACUCACCCGCCACUCACCCGCCACUCACCCGCCACUCACCCGCCACUCACCCGCCACUCACCCGCCACUCACCCGCCACUCACCCGCCACUCACCCGCCACUCACCCGCCACUCACCCGCCACUCACCCGCCACUCACCCGCCACUCACCCGCCACUCACCCGCCACUCACCCGCCACUCACCCGCCACUCACCCGCCACUCACCCGCCACUCACCCGCCACUCACCCGCUACUCACCCGCUACUCACCCGCCACUCACCCGCCACUCACCCGCCACUCACCCGCCACUCACCCGCCACUCACCCGCCACUCACCCGCCACUCACCCGCCACUCACCCGCCACUCACCCGCCACUCACCCGCCACUCACCCGCUACUCACCCGCUACUCACCCGCCACUCACCCGCUACUCACCCGCUACUCACCCGCUACUCACCCGCCACUCACCCGCCACUCACCCGCCACUCACCCGCCACUCACCCGCCACUCACCCGCCAGUCACCCGCCAGUCACCCUACUCACCCGGCAGCGCGGGCGGUUCAAAGACUGGCACGAUGAAUGAGACAUGGCAAUCGCUGUCCAUCAUCUUCUGGCUCAUAAUGGGGAAAGUGCAGUGCAAGCAAGAGGAAACCAUGCUCGAUGGUGCUGUUGAAUGGCGAGUGAUCGACUCACCGCCUCACCUGCUGCAUGCCUCCACCUCUGCCAUUUCACCGCGCUGCCUUUUUGCCCUAUCUUCUUUUCCCUCCAAUCACCUCCCGUUCCUUAUCCUCCCCUCCCUUCUCCCCUGCUUGCCCCUUCUCCCCUCCAAUACCUCCUCCCUUUCUCCUCUCUCGCCUUCGCCUACCCACUCGUUCUCCAUCCACGUGCCUCUCCUCCACUCUCCCCUCCACUCCCUGCCCCUUCUCGCGCCUGUUUCCACCCCUCCGCCUGUCCACUGCUUCCCUUGCUCCCACCCCUCACCUCGUUUCCGUCAAACCCAAGCCACGGGCUCCCGCAUCCUCACUUACUUCCCCCUCCCCUCUCUGUGCCUCCCCUCGCCGCUCCGCCUCCCCUACUGCACCUACUGCACCUACUGCACCCCCCCCCUCGUCAUUUCUUCCUCUUUCCAUUGCUGCUCCAUCUCUCCACCCUUGUCCUCGCCUAACCACUGGUUUCCAUCCACCUCCCUAUCACCCACUGUCCUGACCACGCUCUUCCCCCACUCUUGCACCUCUUCUCCCACUCCUGCACCUCUUCCCCCACUCCUGCACCUCUUCCCUGCAUGCUUCCUACUCUACCCCCGCCCGCCCCUCCUCCCCCCUACCCUCCAUCCCACCUUCCCUGCGGUUGGGAUGGGAUGGGCGGUUGGGAAUGGCGUCAAGGCCACCUGGGGAGACGACAGAGGAGUGGGUGGGGUGGGUGGUCGUGGGGUGCGGAAAUUUGACGUGCCGGAGGACAUUGAUGCGGGGGAGGAGAUGGGUGUGAGGGAGGAGAUGGGUGUGAGGGAGGAGAUGGGUGUGAGGGAGGAGAUGGGUGUGAGGGAGGAGAUGGGUGUGAGGGAGGAGAUGGGUGCAGUGCAGCGAGGGGUGUGGAUGCAAUCACCAAGGCAAGGUGUCAGGCGCUCCUCCGCGGCCCCCUCUUGCGCCCCUCCUCUGGUCCCUGGUGGCGCGCUUUCCCCCUUUCCCUCUCUCCCGCCCUUCCUCACCCCUCCGCCUGCCCCUUCCCCCAUCCUCCGCACUCCUGCUCCGCUCCCUGUCGCCUCGUUUCCGCCAAACCCAAACUCCACGCGCCCGCAUUCCCCCUUCCCCCUCCCCUACCUACGCCUCCCCUCCCCGCUCCGCCUCCCCUUCCCAGUGAGUGAGGCCGGCCGCCACUGCUAA